AAGAUACGCAAGAAGAAUGAGUGGCAGACCACUGUCCUUGAUCUGGAUCACGAGAAAUUGCGGUCCAAGAGAGACGAGAGAUAUUUGCAUUUGCAGUGGUAACGCAUCAACAUGUCAACCGUCCCUGUCCAGGUCCACAACGACCUGCCUGCCGUUUUCUUCGUCCAUUUGGACUGGUCUUGUAACCCCUGCAAUUCCUUCGAGGAUUUCAAAUCCAGGUUUCGCGUCGAGUUCCAGGCCGACGGCUCUUUUGACCGGCGGGGCGGCGGAAAAAUCGAGGAGUUCGUGGAGCAGGAAUGGCAGAAGUGCCUUUCGGAGAACCCGAAAUGCUGGAACGGCACGAAGUUCCGGUUUCACAGGUACUAUGUUGCGGACGGCGACGAGAAAAGCGGGGAUGGAGGAGAGGGUACAGAGCACAUUGCAAGUGGCGCUGAACCAAGCGGGGGGGCGUCCAUACCAACCAUCCAGGUGGGCUUGACGGAUUUUCGAGCCUUUGUCGGCAGUAUCAGUGCGGCAAAAGGUGAUGUCGCAUUAAUACAAAGUUCUUCUGCGGAUUUGCAUGCUUUCGUCUUUUUCGACUUACGUUGUAAUAGACCCGAAAAUAAUGACGGCCACCGCAAUUCUUGCAAGUAGCCUGGUACUAGAGUCUCCACAGUGGAUUCCAUGUGGUUAUUCGUGGGGCAAGAAGAUGAUCCGGCAAGAACUUCUGCACUGCAUGUGCUUUCACAUCAUACUUAGCAGAGCAGUCUCCUUGUGUAAGUACCGACGGAGCGGGGAAAAACCAAAUUUCUUGUGUGCAGAUGUCGCCGUUGGUUGUAACUCCGCAUAAAAAUUGAGAAGGGUCGAUCCUUUUGCAGUGCAUUCAAGCCACUCUCGCUGUGUUGCAGCCCGGUCGUGUGGACGUGCCAAUACCGCGCACCUUGGAAGCCAGUAAGCAUUGCAAAUUAGUGCGUCUACUUCUGGGAGGUCAGUUGCGAACAAACUGAAAGACAACGUGAGUAGCAGUACCGAAAGACUUGCAGUGCUUCUAGAAGUGGCGCAACAUCGUUUAGCUGUGUUGGCAAUACUUGAACGACUUGCAAUAGAAAGAAGGUUUGAGUAGAUGCGCCUGCUCCUUAUUCGACAUUCUAAAUCGCAUGGUCGUCAUAUUGCGCCGGAGCAGGUAGUUACGACCUAUGUAUGAGGUUAGUAGAAUGAACUUAAUCUACGGAAUUACGAUCAUUGGUCGCUGAAGAGACUGCGCAAUUUACGACGGCGUGCUUUGUCCUGGCGCAUCAGAAAGUAAGAUAGGGAAUCGUGCGCAGUUCAUACAGUCAGCUUACUUGCUUUUAGGUGUAGGCCCGGCUGUUGCUCCCUCCGGGAAGGAGAUUUUUUCUUGAUACAGGCGACGAAAAUUUUUUAUCGUGUGCACGACCACGACGAUCUUAAGGACGGUUGUCCUGCGGAGCCUGGCCGCGGUACCGCGACUUUCACGAGCUGCGUGCGAGAGCAUUACGUUGACAAUACCGUUCUGGGCGAUGGACGUUCCGGGUUACACGCCAAAGAAGAGGCUGCAGCUGCUGCACGAAGACCCGGCGCUGGUCCAAACGGAACUCUCGGGAUUCGGUCCUUCCUUGCGCAGCCGAGCAGUAAUUUAUCACUUGGUAAAAAUAUUGUUCGCAAGAACAACAAUUGUUCUCCGAGCACUAGCAGUAGCUCCUGCUAGAAUUAUCCCGGCAUCGCAAUUUGUUCAAAUGUGAUAUGCUGGCUUUUUUCUAGGUGAUAACACCUGAUUCUGAUCGAAACAUCGGACAACUUUACGGCCCUGAUGAAGCGUAUGGGAUGAGUGGCAGGUGGGAAAUCGAUCGAGAUUCGAAUCAUAAACUUGUACUGGAUUCAUCUUGCAAUUUGUUACUCUACUAAAGGCGGACGCAAAAGCAAAACCUAAAUACUCUUUUGCAUCAGGGAACUGAAGCAAACAGCAGUCCACGGCUGACUACGGUCAUAAAAUACGGGCAUCAUGGUAAUUACCAAACGCAGUGGGCUAUUAUGCUCUUUGAAACACUCUGGUGACAAACAGAGUUGUGUCUGUCUCGGUUACAGAUUUAGAAAGGCACUCAGAAAGCCAAAAAGGACGACUCACGGUCACGGCCGAAAGGCAUUUUUCCACACCGCCCUGAUUCGCAUUGCAAUCGGGAAUUGUGACUUGUGUGUAUUUUGACAAUUUCCCACGACCUGAAAGUGGCACAAGACGCGCGAGGAACACGCCGAACUUACCGGAGUUCUACUCGAUCUGGGGCGGUUUUCACGAACCCAAGUUGACGAACGUAGACGAUGUCGGGACCCUGUACGCCGAAUUCUAUUCGGUGCGGGAAGUGACCGAAGAAGUGGGCAUCACCGAGGACCUGAUCGUGGAAAAGCAGUGCUUUGGCCUCACGGAACGGGCCGACGGGUUGCCACUCUUCGUGUACCUGGUGCGGGUCAUAUCCUGGAAGAAAAUUUUGUUGUCACUGUCUUGGUAUUGCGGGGACAUUUUUGUAAAAAUAGGAUCUGCGUAUACCCACAGCAGUGAGUUGUUCAGGGAACGAGCACCACGCUGCAUGAAUCAGAAGCCCGCAUCACCUGCUGAGCAAAAAAAGUGCUGAGAAUCUCGCCAUCCUUAUCUUGAUAAGCACGAGUUUUUUUCUGCGAUAAUUCAGUGUGUCGCGUGACAGGGUACUGGAGUUGUGGAAAAGAAAUCCGCACGAAGAUGCGAAUAUGGCGUGUCCACGUCCAGGAAAUUUCAAAUCAGAAAAGAUUUUUGCUCCCAAACUGGGAGCGACCUAAGGAUAUUAGUGGUUUGAAGCAUGGCAGGAAAGAACUAGCGUUUUUUGUACAAAGAAAGCUCAGGUUAUCUGCUUUUGAUACACAUGAGAAGGCUAGCCUCUUUCCUGUUGCUACUUCUCAAGAGCACUAUGUACACACAUCUCUUCUUAGCUUGUUUUUUGGGUAAAGCUCGACGAAGGUGCAUUUGUCCUGUUUGUUGUAGUUUUCACAUUUAUUCUUCGAAAGUGGCGCGACUUUCGAAACGUCACUUAUCGCCGCUGAAAUUGACUGCCACCUACGUUAACGUCGGCAGCACAAUAAAAUCAAAAAUCUUCCGUGGGCCACAGACUCUUGUUGCGUGUGUCUUUAAUCAGGAGCCGUAUCCAACAUUGCGUUUCUGGUUUGAAACAACCCUCGUUGAAACCGCCAUAGCGAAAGAAAGCACGGGAAUCGUCUGGGGUAAACUUUUCCCGGAUGUCGCCGCCGAUGGAGCCGCUGGCGCUGUGGAAUAUCCGGACCAAAACGGCACAACGGCGGGGGUGUCGUUCGUAAAUCCUCUAGUAUCCGCUGUAGAAUCUUUAGCACAGACAUUGAUAUGCUCUGUAUGUAUUACUCUCUGCUUUUACUGAAUCAGUGCUAGCUUUUUGCAGUUGCUGUUCGAGUUUGACGCAUAAGAAUUUUUCACUGAAUCGUGAUGCGCAUGACGAGUUGGUCUCUGUGUGAGAGAUUUCCCAGUCCAUACCGAUGCGCUGGGCUCCGAGAUCCGGCGAACCUUGCGGAAUAUCUACGAAACUCGCCCUUCCGGGAGGAGCUGGGCAAACGCAGAAACGAGGACCCCGUUCUCCUGAGUAGCUGCACCUACGCCGGCUUCUAUCUGCUCUGGAAGUGGUACGAAAGCGGUGGACGACGGCACUGAAAUAGAAGUGCGUAGGUGUACGCUUAUGUCAGGGACAACGCAGAACAUGCUGGCUUACAACCUACUUCGGCGCAGGCUAUGCGCUUCCCCUAGUUUCUGGCUUCGUAUGUGCCCCCUGGGGAAGUGUUUUUUCUCAUCCAGGAAGGGCGAACUCGUCAUAUCAUUAUAAAUGGCUCGCUGCUGCCGGGCGCGGGGACCCAAAAAUCCUGUCGUGAUACACACAUGAUACAUGAACAAUUCCGCGAUCUAUGAUCCUGAUCAAAAUAGUAUGCGCUCUUGAAGUAGAAGUGCGUGGUCAACGCUAAAAGCGGAAAAGCCAGCACUGUCGCACAGAUUUCUCGAGAUGCGAUGGCGCGCAGGAACGUACAGACUUUGUGCUACUCAUUCCCGCAGUGCCAUCAAACUGUGCAGAGUCCAUUGAUCUGCAGUGCGGAUAUACCUAAUUGAAGCAAGAGCUCUGCCUGCGUGGCUGUAAACGAAAGAGCAAACACGAGUGCGAGGUGUGAUAUGUGAGACAUUUUUAUAUAGACAAGCAGAAGUACAGACUCCACUACUCGUUCUCACAGAUUUUACUUCGUUCUGAAAAGAAAAACAAUAUAGCGUCUGCC